AUGGCUUCCUCUACUCUAUCUCCUGCUACCACUUCACAGCUAUGCUCAAGCAAGAGUGCAAUGUUCUCAUCAGCACAAGCCCUUGCUGUGAAACCCAGGAGGACCCAGAUGGUGGGAAAGGGAAAGGGAAUGAGAGUCACUUGCCAGGCAUCAAGUAUUGCGGCUGAUCGCGUGCCAGACAUGGGCAAGAGGAAGCUUAUGAACCUGCUUCUUCUGGGUGCCAUCUCUCUUCCCAGUGGCUUCAUGUUGGUUCCUUAUGCCACUUUCUUUGUCCCACCUGGCUCCGGGAGUGGCGCUGGUGGUCAAGUUGCCAAGGAUGCUCUUGGAAAUGACGUGAUUGCAUCUGAAUGGCUUAAGACUCAUGGUCCAGGUGACAGGACUCUCACACAAGGAUUGAAGGGUGAUCCUACAUACCUUGUUGUGGAGAAAGACCGAAGUCUUGCCACAUAUGGAAUCAACGCUGUCUGCACUCACCUUGGUUGUGUGGUGCCAUUUAACACGGCAGAGAACAAGUUCAUAUGCCCCUGCCAUGGAUCCCAGUACAAUGAACAAGGAAAGGUUGUCAGAGGACCUGCACCCUUGUCUCUGGCGUUGGCUCAUGCUGACAUUGAUGAAGGGAAGGUGGUGUUUGUUCCAUGGGUUGAAACAGAUUUCAGAACCGGCGACGCUCCAUGGUGGUCUUAA